UUUUCUUAUUUUUUUUAGAUGUGUCCAAUAUUUAUUGAAUUUGUGGAAUUGUGGUGAUGAGCAAGUUCUUUCACGAUGGAAGAAGCGCUUGUACCGGUUGGCGAAAUUGCGUUAUGCUUCAAUGAAAGUGACUUCACAUCGAAAAGUUUUUCAGUUGAUGGUUUUGUUCGUCAAGCCAGAAGUAGGGUAACCCUGAGCCAACUCCGUGAUGAUUUGAAAGUGUACCAGAAAUUGUUGAGCUCGGCUCUUAUAGAGCUCAUAAACAAAGACUAUGCCGAUUUUCUCAACCUCUCGUCCACCUUGAUCGGAAUGGACAAAGCAAUCCUUAAUUUGAUGACGCCACUCGAAAGAUUUCGAUCUGAAAUCUUGGAUGUUUCAAAAUCGAUUAAAACUGUGGAAACUGCGGUUGACGACCAGCUGAAGGACGCGAGAAAAAUCCGAGAACGACGAUCGGAUCUGGAGCGACUGGUGCACAUCAUUCAUUGCGUCGAGAAAAUAGAAAAGUUGCUGGAUAAAUCUGGAAUGGGAGAUUCUGAAGAUGCAUCGCACAAAGGUGGUGUGGUUGAGAGAAUAGCGUCGGAGCUCAACCAGCUUCAUUUCCAUGUGGCAAAAGCUCAAGGCAUGGACUUGAUGUCUUCUAUCCAACCGAGAAUAGCGUACAUCGCAAAUGCACUGCAAACAAACCUGGAGGAAGAUUUUGUGGCGAGUCUCGAGAAGAAAGAUGUCGAGGCGAUACGUCGUUGUUUGCGGAUUCACGUCACGAUUGACCGCGUUCCGCAAUUGGAGUCCAUCUUCAGAAUCCGCGUAGUGCGCCCGUAUUUUGAGAAACACGUGAAUAUCGAACUUUUUAGUCGCCCAGGAGCUUCGGAAAAGGAUGCACUCGCUGUUCUUUUCGCUUCUCUGCUUGACAUCGUGUCAGCAAAAUGCUCGAUCCUCCAAGAAGCUUCCGCCGGAGGAGCUGGACUCGAAGUCGUCAGUGGAUAUGAUUUUCUGGUCAAUUCCGUAUGGCCCGAAAUCGUUUCUUUUUUGGAGAGCCGUGCUCCAUCUUUAUUUGCCCUAGGAUCACCCACUUCAUUCCAUCCGAGAUUUUUGGCCAGCAUGGCGUUUUUGGAGAACUUUGAAGAGCAAUGUGGAAAUCUGGAAAGCGUUCGGCGUCUCAGAGCUCAUCCAUCUUACCUCGUAUUCAUCAACAAGUUCAAUCUCCCGGUAUACUUUCAAAUUAGGUGUGUAAACCAAAGUGAGUUUCUGAAAAUGUGUGAGAAUGCAAAAUUUUCCAAAAGGUUCCAGGAAAUUUCGUGUUCUUUCGAGAAGAGUUUGACGAUGCGGCCGUUGAGUGAGUGGGUCAACCGAGAUGGAUCAUGUCGACUUCAUGCCAGCGAGACGUUGGUUAUAUGUCUGAACCAAUGCUGGGAUGAUGGAGUUUUUCUUUCACCUUUGGUUCACCGAUUUUUGAAGCUUUCGGUUCAGUUGCUGUCACGUUUCUGCGUGUGGUUGCAAUCUGUUAGCAAAAUGACCGUUAAAGAUGGUUCAAGCUCAUCAGAUGACUCGCUGUUAUCCGUUGACGCGGGGAAAGAAGGUCCCUUAACAAAGAACAUGAGCACGUCUGAUCUUCCGUCACAUGCGGAAAAGAGUCCCGGAAUGGCGAGGACGGCAACGACAGCCAAUUUUUCUUUGGAUAACAAUGACGUCGUUCCUGAAUCAGCAUUGACAGUUGAUCAGGCAGUCAAUUUAGUAUCAGACAUUGCUAAUAUUCGGGACUAUGUUUCUGAAUUGGUGAGCUCGCGGGUCUUUCCGAAGAUAGAACGACUUGGCGUCACGACCUUGGAUCAAGUUCAAGAAUGUUUCAACGAAUCAUUUCGACAACUCGAGUGCCAAGAAGAACAAGUUGCGCAAAUACUCGUCAACCAUUUAACCUCUGGAGGAAUGAAACACUUGAAAGGCAUCAUGGACAUUCCACGAUUAUUCCGUAGAACAAACCGCGAAAUUUCAACGAAAGCCUCCAGUUACAUCGUUUCCGCAUUGAAUCCAGUCUCGAAUUUCCGCCUGAAAUUCAAAGAUUGUGUGCACGAGGUGCGAAUGAAGAAAUGGCUCCUAGAUGUUUCAGACGUUUACGGGAAACAAUUGUACGGAUCCAUCAACGAAGUUCUCACGUCAGUACAAAAAAUGGAGGAAAGUCUGAAAAGAUUGAAACGGAUGAAAGCCGGUCAGAAGACGGAAGAUGCCACGCUUAAAACCAGCGACUCUUUAACUGAUGACGAAAAAAUUCGCCAUCAGCUUUGGUUGGAUGCGCAUUAUUUUGGAGAUAAAGUGAAGGAAGAGUUCGGAGUUGACUCUCAGUCCGUGGAUUUAUUGCUGAAGUUGGUCGAUAAAGCAAAAGCACCGAUUGGACUCGAAAAUUGAUGAAAACGUGCCUGUGCCCAGGAUGUGAUCACUGUCUGAUUUAGCACCAUUCCCUGAAGGAUUACUGGGAGUUGGUUUUGUGGGAGACGGUUGAAGUUAUCGCGGCGUGUUUCAUCUGUAAAGUACAUCGCAAAAAUCAAAGAAAACUGCGUAAGAACCAGUAUUUUAUUUUAUUAAGCGUAAGUAGAAGGCAGAAGCAUUUUUCGAAAGAAAGCAGGGAACAACCAUAUUUUUUCUACGAUAAAAUACAGCAGAAACUGAAGAUUUUCUGGAAAGUUACUUCGGAUUGGAAAGGAUUCUACAAUAAUGAAUUUUCAAUGAAAAAUGAAUUUUUCAUGCAAUUCUUCCGCUUCUCGUACCGUAAGCACGAUUAAAUCUCUCGGGGAGCAACAAUCCAAUCGUUGAAAAGUACGACAUAUAACUUGAUGAUCUUGUUUGGACUGCACUGAAACUUUUUGGACACUCCAUGCCGUUUUUGUUCAUCGAAUUCAGUGAUUCUUGGAGUUUUGCGGUGUAUUUUACUAAAAAUUGCAACUUCAUAAUUUUCUCGUUUCGUUUCGAGCAAUCUGCAGUGUUGUUGGGAUUUAUUGAUAUUUUUGGGUUUUUGUUGCAUCAAA